AUGGCGCCCCAGCAGCCAUCCAAGAAGUCGUGCGCGCGCCCGGACAUUGCCCUGUUUGUCCGUCAGCUCCCAGAGAUCCGACAGUGCGAAACGAGCGUCCACCGUAAGGUUCUAGCCACGGCGAGAGCCAAUAUGGCUUUUAGCCAGGUCUACCUCCACCGCCGCCAUCAAAGCAAAGUGAAUUUACGCACUUCCCCGCCAUUCUUCAUAUCAGAUAAAGCGCUAUAUGGUCAUACCGACAUCAUGGCUUCUCGACAUCAUGGACAUGAAAGGCACCUGCUUUGUUCCUACAACGUCAACCUCCCUCGUAAACUUAAUGUUCGUUGCUCGUCGUCAAGGGCUACGGUAACAGAUGGCGCCGCACCAAGAACUGCUCAAGGCAUAGACGGCUUAUUAGACUUCUUUCAGACUUAUUAG